UCUUUCAAAAUGCAGAUUAUUUGCUGUUAGCCGGAGUGUCAUUUAAGUAAUUUUGUUCUGUUUAAGAGUUCAGAAUUGAAGGCAUGUCCCCAGUUUUUAGUAUAAAUUAAAUAAAGAGCAAUCUAGGAUUUAUACAGCCCUAUUAGUUGAUGAUUUCUUUGAACAUGUGGGCGAUGUGAAAUACCCAGGAGGUAGAUUAAAAUGCGCUGUGUAUGAUUCACUACACUGAAAAUGUUUAACAUUCCAAAUGUAUGCAUAAGCUGCUGCUCUAGAGGAGUUACAUCAUUUCUGAUUGGAUGGUUUUAAUUUUUUUUCCUUUCCUUUAUUAGUUUAAAUGCAGAAAUUAGCUACUUGUACUGCAGGCUAAGGGAGAGAUAGCUAAUGACCGGUAUUGUGUACUGAGAUCAGACUUCAGGGAUGAAGCAGCUGUAUGUUCUCAUGUCCUGGACACUACCACGUUGAUGGCUUUCUAAAUCCAGGGAGCAGGAAAAUUCAGAUUCGAAACAUCCCUCCUCACCUGCAGUGGGAGGUGUUGGAUGGACUUUUGGCUCAAUAUGGGACAGUGGAGAAUGUGGAACAAGUCAACACAGACACAGAAACCGCCGUUGUCAACGUCACAUAUGCAACAAGAGAAGAAGCAAAAAUAGCCAUGGAGAAGCUAAGCGGGCAUCAGUUUGAGAACUACUCCUUCAAGAUUUCCUACAUCCCGGAUGAAGAGGUGAGCUCCCCUUCGCCCCCUCAGCGAGCCCAGCGUGGGGACCACUCUUCCCGGGAGCAAGGCCACGCCCCUGGGGGCACUUCUCAGGCCAGACAGAUUGAUUUCCCGCUGCGGAUCCUGGUCCCCACCCAGUUUGUUGGUGCCAUCAUCGGAAAGGAGGGCUUGACCAUAAAGAACAUCACUAAGCAGACCCAGUCCCGGGUAGACAUCCAUAGAAAAGAGAACUCUGGAGCUGCAGAGAAGCCUGUCACCAUCCAUGCCACCCCAGAGGGGACUUCUGAAGCAUGCCGCAUGAUUCUUGAAAUCAUGCAGAAAGAGGCAGAUGAGACCAAACUAGCCGAAGAGAUUCCUCUGAAAAUCUUGGCACACAAUGGCUUGGUUGGAAGACUGAUUGGAAAAGAAGGCAGAAAUUUGAAGAAAAUUGAACAUGAAACAGGGACCAAGAUAACAAUCUCAUCUUUGCAGGAUUUGAGCAUAUACAACCCGGAAAGAACCAUCACUGUGAAGGGCACAGUUGAGGCCUGUGCCAGUGCUGAGAUAGAGAUUAUGAAGAAGCUGCGUGAGGCCUUUGAAAAUGAUAUGCUGGCUGUUAAUCAACAAGCCAAUCUGAUCCCAGGGUUGAACCUCAGCGCACUUGGCAUCUUUUCAACAGGACUGUCCGUGCUAUCUCCACCAGCAGGGCCCCGCGGAGCUCCCCCCGCUGCCCCCUACCACCCCUUCACUACCCACUCCGGAUACUUCUCCAGCCUGUACCCCCAUCACCAGUUUGGCCCGUUCCCGCAUCAUCACUCUUAUCCAGAGCAGGAGAUUGUGAAUCUCUUCAUCCCAACCCAGGCUGUGGGCGCCAUCAUCGGGAAGAAGGGGGCACACAUCAAACAGCUGGCGAGAUUCGCCGGAGCCUCUAUCAAGAUCGCCCCUGCGGAAGGCCCAGACGUCAGCGAAAGGAUGGUCAUCAUCACCGGGCCACCGGAAGCCCAGUUCAAGGCCCAGGGACGGAUCUUUGGGAAACUGAAAGAGGAAAACUUCUUUAACCCCAAAGAAGAAGUGAAGCUGGAAGCGCAUAUCAGAGUGCCCUCUUCCACAGCUGGCCGGGUGAUUGGCAAAGGUGGCAAGACCGUGAAUGAACUGCAGAACUUAACCAGUGCAGAAGUCAUCGUGCCUCGUGACCAAACGCCAGAUGAAAAUGAGGAAGUGAUCGUCAGAAUUAUCGGGCACUUCUUUGCUAGCCAGACUGCACAGCGCAAGAUCAGGGAAAUUGUACAACAGGUGAAGCAGCAGGAGCAGAAAUACCCUCAGGGAGUCGCCUCACAGCGCAGCAAGUGAGGCUCCCACAGGCACCAGCAAAACAACGGAUGAAUGUAGCCCUUCCAACACCUGACAGAAUGAGACCAAACGCAGCCAGCCAGAUCGGGAGCAAACCAAAGACCAUCUGAGGAAUGAGAAGUCUGCGGAGGCGGCCAGGGACUCUGCGGAGGCCCUGAGAACCCCAGGGGCCGAGGAGGGGUGGGGAAGGUCAGCCAGGUUUGCCAGAACCACCGAGCCCCGCCUCCCGCCCCCCAGGGCUUCUGCAGGCUUCAGCCAUCCACUUCACCAUCCACUCGGAUCUCUCCUUAACUCCCACGACGCUAUCCCUUUUAGUUGAACUAACAUAGGUGAACGUGUUCAAAGCCAAGCAAAAUGCAGACCCUUUUUCUGUGGCAAAUCGUCUCUGUACAUGUGUGUACAUAUUAGAAGGGGAAGAUGUUAAGAUAUGUGGCCUGUGGGUUACACAGGAUGCCUGCAGCGGUAAUAUAUUUUAGAAAUAAUAUAUCAAAUAACUCAACUAACUCCAAUUUUUAAUCAAUUAUUAAUUUUUUUUUCUUUUUAAAGAGAAAGCAGGCUUUUCUAGACUUUAAAGGAUAAAGUCUUUCUUUGGGAGGUCUCACGGUGUAGAGAGGAGCUUUGAGGCCACCCGCACAAAAUUCACCCAGAGGGAAAUCUCGUCGGAAGGACACUCACAGCAGUUCUGGAUCACCUGUGUAUGUCAACAGAAGGGAUACCGUCUCCUUGAAGAGGAAACUCUGUCACUCCUCAUGCCUGUCUAGCUCAUACACCCAUUUCUCUUUGCUUCACAGGUUUUAAACUGGUUUUUUGCAUACUGCUAUAUAAUUCUCUGUCUCUCUCUGUUUAUCUCUCCCCUCCCUCCCCUCCCCUUCUUCUCCAUCUCCAUUCUUUUGAAUUUCCUCAUCCCUCCAUCUCAAUCCCGUAUCUACGCACCCCCCCCCCCCCCCCCCAGGCAAAGCAGUGCUCUGAGUAUCACAUCACACAAAAGGAACAAAAGCGAAACACACAAACCAGCCUCAACUUACACUUGGUUACUCAAAAGAACAAGAGUCAGUGGUACUUGUCCUAGCGUUUUGGAAGAGGAAAACAGGAACCCAUCAAACCAACCAGUCAACCAAACAAAGAAAAAAUUCCACAAUGAAAGAAUGUAUUUUGUCUUUUUGCAUUUUGGUGUAUAAGCCAUCAAUAUUCAGCAAAAUGAUUCCUUUCUUUAAAAAAAAAAAUGUGGAGGAAAGUAGAAAUUUACCAAGGUUGUUGGCCCAGGGCGUUAAAUUCACAGAUUUUUUUAACGAGAAAAACACACAGAAGAAGCUACCUCAGGUGUUUUUACCUCAGCACCUUGCUCUUGUGUUUCCCUUAGAGAUUUUGUAAAGCUGAUAGUUGGAGCAUUUUUUUAUUUUUUUAAUAAAAAUGAGUUGGAAAAAAAAUAAGAUAUCAACUGCCAGCCUGGAGAAGGUGACAGUCCAAGUGUGCAACAGCUGUUCUGAAUUGUCUUCCGCUAGCCAAGAACCUAUAUGGCCUUCUUUUGGACAAACCUUGAAAAUGUUUAUUUAAAAAAAAAAAAAGAUGACAAAGAAAAACAGAGAGAGAGAAUAUUGGAGAUGUCCUGAAUUUUAAUAGGGUACGCGCCAUUAGGGCUUUUUGCGCUAAAGGAUGAACAUGUACUGGUUUAUGUGGACAAGCCAUUAUACCACCAGACUGCAAUGCCAGUUUCCUCUACUGCAAACAGUGUUCUGUGACAAAAAAAAAAAAAAAAGAAAAAAAAAAGAAAAAACAGAAAUAUAUCCAGCUAACAAGA